AUGGCCCGGGGAAGGUCUUCUGGGAAUACGAAUGCUAUAUUACCUCCCGGCAUCCUUUCUUCCUUGCUCUACAAUUUUCGCAGCCUGGACGUGCUUCGCGCGCUAAUGGAGAUUUACGUGGCUGAUCCAAUAUAUACUGAGUCGCUUGAGCAAUACUCGCUUCGCAUCGGCUUUUCUCCUAUCAAUGCAGCUUGUAAAUCUGGGGACCAGGGGCCAAAAACACGGUUACUGGACCAUGCUCUGACGGCGACAUUACAUGAUCGGGACAUUUUUAUAUAUUUAGGGAAACACCAUUGUUCAGCGCGGCAAGUGUGCCAAGUUGAGCCUUAUAGUCGUGAUGAUGCUACUACCGUGGAUCUGAGCAAACACGAAGACGUUAUCUGCUUUCUUCUAGACCGGGGCUGCUCGGUUCGCGAUUCGACUGUCUACCAACGAAACGAAGAAACCUCUGAUUCAUCUCAUCGAAUCGCUGAGCUAGAGCAGACAGUUCUCAGUGCGGCUGUCACUCAUAUGAGCUAUAAGAUGGUGUCUCGUCUGAUUGCUGAAGGAGCCGAAGUUCACGCGCGACAGAGAUGGGAGGAUCCUACCAAUUGUUAUCACUAUCGACGCAGUACAGGAGUGACAGCCUUGCACAUAGCAAGUCUCUUUUGGAACAUUGAAGGGAUCAAGGCGCCGAUGGAUCAUUGCGGUGAUGUGAGUGUGGCAGAAAUGGUUACCUACGCGGAUGAUCAUGGCCGGCCCCCAAUCCACUGGGCAUUGAUGGGAUAUCGAAAUGAGUGGUAUGCAAGGGCACCAGAGACCACCAAAGAUCAGGAUCCUAUUCCGCCUCGAAUGAUAAACAUCUUGAAGCUCCUUCUUGAGGCCAAUCCCAACACUAUAAAUGCCCAAAGCGAUCAAGGUGCGACAGUGUUUAGUUAUGCUUUGAAAUCCGACACUGGAGUUGCGAAUAUCGCGACCCUCGUGAAUAUGCUUUUGGGUGCCAAACCGCUUGCUUCUACUCUUAAGUUACUACAAUCCAGAGUGCCCGACAGCUUUGCAGGAUGCAGUGGACAAUCAUUCUCGACGAUUCUAUGGCCUAGAUGA